AUGUACCCCACGCUCGCCCUUACGCUCGCUCUCGCCUCGACGAUCGCGACAGCAUGCGAACUCCCCAGCUCCCAGCCGCUCUCGAGCAACAUCACGGAGCCCUUCUCGCUGCAGGUGCAGAACGCGUCGUUUCCCGAAAUCCACAACCACUUCCUGAACCUGUGGAACUGGGGCGGCGGCGACCAGCACCUGUUCGUCAGCCCCGCGGGGAACUCCACGAGCGAGCUCACGCUGGUCGACGGCGUCAUCACCUUGCCGUGGGACCCGAUCCGUCGGGCCGUUAUCAAUGGAGAGUAUGAACCCAAAGACAACACGACCAAGAUGUUCAUGACGGAGCGUGGCGACCCACGCGCCGUCUUCGACGUCGUCUACGGCUGCAACCCGGACACGGACGCCGUGCAGGUCGAGCUGACCAUGAAGUCGCGCGGCGAUCUCGAGCAAGGGGGCAGCAUAGGCGUCCGCCCCUUCGACGGCAACUAUGACUUCCGAUGGACUCCGGAGGGGAACACUGGUAAGUCUUUCUCCUUCUCCCGCUCUAUCGAGCCCGAUACGUUGGGUUUAUGCUCAUCGGUGAAAUUGUGGUUUCGUCGUGUGCCUGCUAAUGGUGCGGAUGCUUUAGCGUACGACCCCGAGCGGCCGUGGACAAAGGUGACGUUGGCAAUAGUCCGGUCCGAGUAG